AUGUUCUCCGACAUUUACAGCACUGUUUACAGCGCCAACUGCAAGGAACUGGCGAAAAUAAACAGCCCGGCCCCAGUCGAUGGCGAUUCUCAGAAGCUGAUGGUUCGUGUCGGCGAAGCCAACAACCCCAAGCCUCCUGGAGACGACCCCGAGCAGACCUCCCCUAGGACAUCUAAAGAUCUCAAGGACUCCACACUAGAAGACGGCCACAAGGUAGACUCCCCGGUCGCCGGAAGCUCAGAGGAGUGCAAGAAGGCAGAUCCCCUGGUCGCCCCCAGUGACUUCCUCUGCCCCAUAUCUCUGGACCUGAUGAGGGACCCCGUCGUCGUCUCCACGGGGCAGGUGCAAGCUCCUUCAUUCCCCCCCUCCCUCUCAUUUGCAGGUUAGGAGCAAUGAACGAACUGACUGAUCCUCUUGUCGUGGAAUCCGCAGACGUAUGAGCGUUCCUCCAUCCAGAGGUGGAUCGACUCCGGCAAUCUCUCCUGCCCAAAAACCCAGCAGAGGCUUCAGAACCUCGCGCUGACCCCCAACUACGUCUUGAGGAGCCUGAUCAUCCAGUGGUGCGAGGCCAACAGCGUGGAGCAGCGCCGCCGGGUCAGAAAGAGCGACGGGUCGUAUCGCGAGGUCGCCGGCGACUCGGAGCUGAUCGGGGAGCUUGUCCGGCGGCUCUCCGGCGGGUCAGUGGUGGCGCAGAGGGCCGCGGCGGAGGAGAUCCGAUCGCUGGCCCGGCGGAGCACCGACAACAGGAUCCUGAUCGCCGAGGCCGGCGCGGUGCCGGUGCUGGUCGGCCUCCUCGCCGCCGGCGACGCGGCGACGCAGGAGCACGCCGUCACCGCCCUCCUGAACCUCUCUAUCUGCGACUCCAACAAGGCGUUGAUCAUCCUCUCCGGCGCCGUCGGGCCCAUCGUCCAGGUGCUGAGGACCGGGAGCAUGGAGGCGAGGGAGAACGCGGCGUUCGCGCUCUUCAGCCUGUCUCUGGACGACGAGAACAAGGUGGUCAUCGGCAGCUCCCCCGGCGUGUUCGAGGCCCUGGUGGCGCUCCUGCGCGACGGCAGCGCCAGGGGCCGGCGCGACGCCGCCACCGCCCUGUUCAACCUCUGCAUCUACUCCGGUAACAAGCCCCGCGCCGUGCACGCAGGGGUCCUCGCGCCAGUGCUGUGGCUAUUCGAGAACCCCGCGGCGGAUAUGGUGGACGAGGCGGUGGCGUUGCUCUCGGUGGUCGUCAGCCACCAGGAAGGGAAGGCCGCCGCCGCUAGGGCCAACGUGAUCCCGCUCCUCGUGGAGGUCCUGCGGGCGGGGCAGCCGCAGGUGAAGGAGAACGCUGCCGCGGUGCUGCUCACCCUCUGCAAGAAGGACGCCGAGGGCCUCGGCUCCCUCGAGGGCCUCGGCGCCGUGAAGCUGCUCGCUGAGCUUGCCCACAGCGGCACCGACAGGGCCCGCCGCAAGGCCGCUGGCCUCCUCGAGCAGUUGAAGAAGCUCCGCAGGCCCUCCUGA